AUGGACUCGGCACUUGAACUAACGCGCAAACUUCAUGAAGAGCGUGAGCGUCUCAUCGACGUUAUUGUCAAAGAAACGAUGGCUACGAAAGGGACGCAUAAAGCAAAAGUUAACAGUGAGCUUCGCGUCAAGAAGUUUGUCGAUGUGAGUUUGAACGUUCACUUUUUAAAGUUUUCUGGUUCUAUCAUAUAUUUUCAGAGGUAUCAAGAAGCCUCGUCGGAACUUGUGAAACUGUACUCAGACGAGGACCAUUCGAGGCACAUGGAGCUGGACUCCGUCGCAGGACCCAACGAGUUUGCCGAGUUCUAUUCCAGGCUGAAAGUUCUCAAGGACGCUCACCGUCGUAACCCGGAAGAAGUAAACAAUCGAAUUUGGAUGGGAAAAUUAUUUUUUUUUUCAGCUAGCAGAGCCGCUUUCCGUCGAAUUCCAACGGAUUCAGGAAGAUAUUGCCAAUCCGGAAAGACCUGAACCAGACAUGGCCGACUUUACAGACGAAGAAUCGUAUGGAAGGUUUUCCACACUUUUUCCUUCAAGUAUUAAAAUAUAUUCACUUAAGAUUUUUGGAUCUACACGAGUUGUUCAUGAAGUUCUGCAACCUCAAAUCAAUCAAGGUAAAACUUCCAAGAGAUGAAAUUAGUUUGGUGAUUUAAGCGCGUGGAUUACAUGACGUACCUAAAUUCGUUCGACAAAUUCAACGAUAUUCAACGCGAAAAAACGAAAAAGACGGGUGCUUAUAAAGAUUAUAUCACUUCGUUGAAGGUCCGUUGCAUUUUUAAUCGAAGGGAAAUAAUCAAAAGAGAGUUUUAGGAUUACCUUGUGUCUUUUAUGGCCAGAACUCGUCCGUUACACGAUUUGGAUGAAGAGUUCGCCAAGGUCGGGAUUUUUAAAUGUUUUUUCGAAACUUUGAAGCAAGCGAUUGACUUGAAGAUAAGUUAUGUCAUUGAUAAACAUCGUGUAUGUGCUUUCAAAAAUAUUUUUCGUAACUGCUAAAUUUCAUUUUUUUUUCUCGCAAUACUCGUUUGAAUGUGCUCAAGUUCAGACUGAAUAAGACCAGAAAAAUAAAUCAAUAUAUGUAUUUACAUGUUUACGUGAAAAGUUGAGAAUUUGGAGCUUUUUUCUUUAUUUUAAAUCACUUCCAGCUCUUCAUUUCUAUCGAGUUUCGCGAAUUUAUAGAAAAUAAAGAUUUUAGCUCUAAAUUCUUUUUUUCUUCAGUGCGAUGCGGCGGUUCUGAAAGCUUUCAACGAUGGAAACUUGCCGGGUUGGCCAAACGACAAAAACCAAGCCGGGCCACAGGUUCGUCCCGAAGUCGAUAACCUGAAGCAAAAGUGACGUCAUUCAGGUUUCUACUGUAGAUCUUUCGCCGUACGGAAGUGCCACAGAACUGGAAGGCCUUGGCUUGGAACGUCUCAAAGGCGCUUUGAUCGCCCUUGGUCUCAAGUGUGGAGGGUGAGGAAAUCGAGAAAGAAAAUUGCGUUGAAUAAAUUGUAAAUGCAAAGAUUUUCAUGAAAUGUUCGAAGUAAUUUUCGCGAAAUCCAAAGGUAUCUGUGACUCUUCAAAAAUUAGUUAUCUUUUCAUUCUCUGACGACUAUUCGAGUAUCAAAUUUAUACACUAAUAGUCGCUAGCUUAAGAGAAAGCCGCUAAGAGUAUUUCAACUCUCUUCUUUUUGCUCACUUACUCGCUAAUCGUGUGAAGACCCUUUCUUCGAACUGUCUCGAGUUAUCAUUGAAUGAAAGAUGAGAUUUAGGUUGGCAAUGAAUUUUGAGCUUUAUAAACCAACUAUUUUUAAACUUGUGUUUAGGCGAAGUAUUGUAUUUCUUAUAUUAGUUCAUCAAAUUAACUCUCUGAGUUUCUAUUACAGAACACUGAAAGAACGCGCCGAACGUCUUUUUGCAACGAAAGGCCACAAAUUGUCGGAUAUGGAGAAGGCGGCGAUGGCUUCGAGUGAUUCGGAACUCGAAAAACAACGGCAACGGAAUCUUCAGCUCGCUCAGAUCGAAGCCCAUAUUCAGGCGUUAGUUUCAACGGAAUUAUGUUUCAUCAUUCAGCCGGAUUUAUUUGCUUUAAAAAAUACUUAAUUUUUCCUUUUUAUCGAAUAAUUGAUUUAAGAAUGGCCAAUGUUUUAACGGAGGAAAGGGCGGCGACGAGGGAAAAUGUGGAACGAAAGCAGGCUCGUGCGGCUGGAGAAGUCGAAGAGGAGGAGGAGGAACCAGUGGUUGGUUUUUAUUUUGAAAGAAAUUGUUCUGAAAUUAAAUUUUCAGGUGGAAAGCGACGAAGAAGUCGACGAAUCGGCUCCUUAUAAUCCGAAAAAUCUGCCUCUUGGGUUAGUUUUCCCGUCAAAAUUUCUCUGAAAAGGCUACUUCUUUCUUAGAAUCUUGAAAACUGCCAUCACUAUUUUUCUCUUUUGUUCUUAUUAUCUAUGAAAACGAUCGGGAACUGACAACUUUUUUUUUCGAUUUUCAAACAAGUUUUCAACCUCAUUCAAAUUUUUUUGACUUUCGUAAAAGAUGAUUCUCUUCGACAAACUUCAAAAAUGUCAAACACCCCAUUCUGAAAUAGUUUUAUUUUUCAUUUAUUUAGAUUAUUUAUCGAUUAUAAUUUUUUGCAGUUGGGACGGAAAGCCGAUCCCCUACUGGCUCUACAAGCUUCACGGCCUCAAUCUUUCAUUUUCCUGCGAGAUUUGCGGUAAUCAAACCUACAAGGGCCCCAAAGCCUUCCAGAAACAUUUCAACGUUAGUUCGAAACAAGCUUUCUUCACAAUGAACUGAUUAUUUGAAGGAAUGGCGGCAUUCGCACGGAAUGCGUUGUCUGGGAAUACCCAAUACGGCUCAUUUCGCCAACAUCACAAAGAUCAAAGACGCCCUCGAUUUGUGGAACAAAAUCAAGCUGGAGAAGGUUCGCAUUUUUUUGUUCAGAAUUUAUUCAAGUUCCUGAUCUUUUUAAUGGUUCAAAUGAGGCUUAAUAGAAUCAAAUUAUGGUUUAUGAACUUCCUGAUAAUAUAAUUUCAUGUUUUCGAAAUUAAGCCGGUUCAUAUGGAGGGUACUGUGGUAAUUAUACCGUGAUAGUCCUUUUUCAGUAAUAAUUAUCAAAAAAAUUUAGCAGGGAAAAAUUUUUUUAAAAUUGCGAGGAAAAUAAACGAAAAAAAAAAAAUUUCCUGGAAAUUUUCUAUAUUACCACAGCUGAUAAGAUAUAUAGCAAGUUUAACAUAAUUUUUCGAAGAUUAAAAGCGAAAUGAAAAAUUCCUCUUUCUGGAAAUUUAGUUCAUAAAUAUUGCUGAAUUAUUUUUGGAACGUAUGGAACGUAUGGAACUUGAUAGAAUAGAUAAACUUGAAAAGUAGGUCUAACGUUCAAUUUUCUAUGACUUUUGUGAAACAACAUAUCUCGUUUAAGGAGCGCCAAAAAUGGAACCCUGAUUUGGACGAAGAAUACGAGGACUCUGCUGGAAACGUCGUCACGCGCAAAAUGUACGAAGAUCUCAAACGACAGGGGCUCCUGUAG